AUGGCUCAAGCAGUGCCAUCAUACACCAUGAGCUGUUUUAAGCUCCCAAAUAAGCUGUGUGAUGAACUGACAGGUUUGGUGAGACAAUUCUGGUGGGGACAGGUGAGGGAUGAAAAGAAGCUAGCUUGGAUGAGUUGGGAAAAGAUGUGCUUACCUAAGGAGAGAGGUGGGCUGGGGUUUAGAGAUCUAAAAACAUUUAAUCUUGCUCUCUUAGCAAAGCAAGGGUGGCGGUUACAGAAAAACUCAUCUUCAUUGUUUUACCAUGUGUAUAAAGCCAAAUAUUUUCCUGGUUGUGAUUUUAUGGAUGCAGAAUUGGGUGGAAAACCAUCUUAUGCUUGGAGGAGUAUUCAUGCAGCCCAAGCACUAAUGCGAAGGGGCCUGAAGUGGCAGGUGGGUAAUGGGGAAAAUAUCAGAAUAUGGAGGGAUAAAUGGCUUCCUACACCAAAAACGUACAAAGUAGUAACACUUGAGAGAGGCAACAUACUGUUAACAAUGGUCUGUGAUCUCAUAGACAAUGAAAGCAAGGAGUGGAAGGUUGACGUGGUGCGCCAGAAUUUCUUAGCUCAGGAUGUUGAGGCGAUUUUAAGCAUUCCAUUAAGUGUUAAUGGAGCUCGGGAUAAAAUAGUGUGGGCAAAGAAUAGGAAUGGGAGGUUCUCAGUAAGGAGCGCAUACAAGGUGGCCAAGGAGGACAGUUUGGGUGUGAGGUAG